AUGACUACCACAGACCCCCAACUCCUCCGCAAACUCGGCAGCAUUGAACACUUCUCCUCCUCCCGCCACCACCUCGGCAUCUACCGCUGCGUCACCGUCUCCGCCCGCCAUCACCACGCCCCAUCGUCCCCCUCUCACUCCUACCUCGCCUCAACCUCCCCCAGCCCAUCCUUCCUCGCGGCCCUCGCCCACGUCGUCCGCCACCAGCCCAUGCUCCGCGUCGGCAUCGCAGCCGACGACACCAACGACGCCCACUUCACGCACGUCUCCUCCGUCGACCUCCGGGAGCACGUCUCCGUGACGUCCGUCCCUUGCCGGUCCGCGCAGGAAUACGAAGACCGGGUCGCGCAGCAGCAGGGAUGGGAGCACGAUCAGAGGUUCGCCGAUGUAGCUACACGGCCGCCGUGGAGAAUCACAAUCCUGCGGCCGAGCGGCGAUGUCCCCGAGCUGCAGGACAUUGAAGACGUCUUCUUUGCGUUUCAUCAUGCUCUCAUGGAUGGGACCAGUGGCCGCCUCUUUCACGAGAUGCUCCUCGCCGCGCCUUCGUACCAGAGCAGCACUUCUCCGUCGCCCGCCGAGGCCGAACCCGUCCUCUCCUUUCCGGAACCCCCCUCUCUCCCCGAGUCCCAAGAACAGGGCGUCGACUUCACCCUCUCGUGGAGCUACACCCUCCGCACCCUCUGGACCGAACUCGGCCCAUCAUUCCUCAGACCGGCCAAGCAACCCAUCUGGAACGCCAUCCCCAUGGACUUCUCCCUCUCCUACAAAACCCGCGUCAAAGUCGUCAGCUACCCUCCCGAGCAGCUCUCAGCUUUACUCUCCGCAUGCAGAAGCCACUCCGUAACCCUCACCGCGCUCUUACACUCCCUCAUCCUGACCUCCCUGGCAAAACGCAUCCCCUCCCCAUCGUCGGCACCGGCCUUUGCCGCCGCGACGCCCGUGUCUCUCCGGCCGUACUUGUCCCCCGCCAAGAGCGAUCCGGCACAUGCCUCGUCCCUGCGCUGUCUCGUCACAGGCUGCACGCACCAUUUCUCUCCCGAGGCGGUUUCCGCGCUGAGAGCAGCACAAGAUGAUGCAGACGCCGCCACCACGACGACGGCCCUGAUAUGGAAAAACGCGCAGGGCGUCAAGGCGGAACUCGCUGCCAAACUGGACACGCUGCCCGCCGACGACGUCAUGGGCCUGCUCAAGUACAUUAACGACUGGUUCGCUUUCUGGCGCGGCAGGGACGGCAAGCCGCGUGCGGAUUCGUGGGAGGUGAGCAACAUUGGCGUUCUGAAGAAUCCCUCUCCUCCUCGAGAUGAUGAUCAGGUUCCCAGAGCGACUCGUCUGCUCUUCACGAACGGCGCCAUGGUUGCGGGACCGCCGAUGGGAAUCAACGUCGCGAGUCUGGCGGGAUCGGAGUUCACGAUUGGAUUGUCGUGGCAGGAUAAGGUCGUUGAGGACGAGUUGAUGGAGCAGUUGGCUGAGGAUCUGAGGUCGUAUGCUGCCAAGUUUCACGAGACGGGCGGUUCUUUCGUCUAG